AUGGAAUCCAAACUAGUGGUUUUACGUGCCACCAGAGAAAAUGCUACCGAUGACCUAAGCCAAAGUCUGAAAGUCCAAGAUGUAGGGAAAAGAUGGUUCCAGGGACCAGAUUUCCUUGCCCAGCCAAGGGAACAGUGGCCGAAACAGAAAGGCACAGAGACCAGUGAAUACACUGAGGAAGACAAGGUGUCUCGACCUUGCUUCGCCUUCAAGAGAGACUAUAGUGUGACAUUAAUGGACAGUGAGAGGUACUCAAGUUGGCCAGGAUUAGCACGAGUCACAGCCUAUUGUCUACGUUUCAUCUGGAAUUGGAAGAGAAGGCUUGACAACCAGGAUCCCCGAGAUGGAAGUCUAUCACCAGAAGAGAUCACAUCAGCAGAGAUGUAUUGGAUCAAGCAAGCUCAGAAUGAUCUGGCAGAUUGGACAGAGACUUGUGCAGACUUGAGUCCUUUCAACAAGGACAACAUUGUCAAUGUUGGAGGAAGACUUAGGAAGUCAGCCCUGAGCUAUGAUGAGGUGCAUCCGAUAUUGCUACAAAAUGGGCAUGUUGCCAUGCUGAUCCUGAAAGAAGCUCACGAGAAAGUAUACCACGCAGGCAUUGAGCGGACCCUGUCACAGAGCAGACUUAGAUUAUGGAUCAUCAGAGGACGAAAUGCCACAAAGAAGUUGGUAAGGAACUGCGUGAUUUGUAGAAAACUGAGGCAACCAGCUCAUGCAUCCUUGAUGACAGACUUACCUCCAGAGAGAGUGAAUGUGUUCUCACCACCCUUCACGACCACAGGAAUUGACCUGUUUGGUCCCUUUUAUCUCAAAUAUGGACACAACAAGAAAAGGAAAGCAUGGGGAGCUGUAUUUACAUGUGCUACUGUCAGGUCCAUACACUUGGAAAUAGUGGAGAGUCUCUCCACUGAAUCAUUUCUCUAUGCGCUCAGACAUUUUGCGGCACAUCAUGGUUUGCCAAGAACCAUUAUCUCAGAUAAUGGAUCAACCUUCAUCGGAGCAGAAAGAGAACUGCGCAAGAUCAUACCUGAAGCUAAACAAGAGAUAGAGGACUUCAGUGUCCGACAGAGAUUAAAAUGGAUCUUUACGACCCCUUUGAGCCCCCAUCAAGGAGGGAUCUACGAAUCACUUGUCAAACAGACGAAAAGAGCUUUGAAGACGGCUGUAGGCGAACAAACAUUAAGCUGGAACGAGAUGUCUAUAGUGGUUUCAGAGAUAGAGAGUUUGCUGAAUUCCAGACCUCUUGGCUACAUCUCAGACAGCCCAGAGGAUUUGAGACCUCUUACGCCUAACCAUUUCAUGAUUGGUCGAGCUACUUGCGAUAUACCUCAAGGACCAUUUGAUGAGUCUGCGUCUCUGAGGAAGAGAUAUGAAUUCACUCAAACACCUGUUCAGUCAUUCUGGAAACGAUUCAUCAGAGAGUAUUUGCCAUGCCUCACACGGAGGAUGAAAUGGAAGACAAAGGGGAGACAACUUCAGACAGGAGAUGCGGUUCUCAUCAUUGACUACAAUUUGCCCAGAGGAAAAUGA